AUGAAAAAGAAGAAAUCUGUAAACCAAUGCUUGUCAGUUGAGGAACUGAAAUGGAGUGAAAAUUUCUUAUACCAAACAGCCCAGUUACAGGAUUACAAGAAAGAAAUGACUGCAUUAAGUAGAGACGCUAAUAUUACUCUUUCUAAAAUUAGCCCUUUGCGAAAACUUUCACCAUUCACAGAUGCACAGAAUGUUUUAAGAUUAAAAGGUAGAUUAGAUAAAGCCGUAUGCAUCGAUGAUUCAACCAAAUUCCCAAUUAUACUAUCAAGGAAAAACUACAUAACUAAGUUGAUCGUAGACUGGUAUCAUCGAAAAUGGAAACAUCUAAAUCAUGAAACGGUGGUUAACGAAAUCUUUCAGAAAUACCACAUUCCGGGACUGCGUAGACUGUUAAAGCAGGUAAGAAAUAAUUGCCAACAUUGCAAGGUUCGCGAUGCGAGUCCAAAGCCGCCGGAGAUGAGUGUGUUACCAGAAGCACGACUAUCAGCAUACUCCCGACCAUUCUCACAUGUUGGAAUAGAUUAUUUUGGCCCGUAUACUGUAACAGUAGGAAGACGCUCAGAGAAGCGCUAUGGCGUCGUUUUUACAUGCCUUACGUAUCGAGCAGUGCAUUUGGAGAUAGCUUAUAGCCUGUCAGCCAGCUCGUGUUGUAUAGUGAUACGAAAUUUCAUAGCCCGAAGAGGAGUGCCGAAUGUCAUCUAUAGUGACAAUGGAACCAACUUAACAGCAGCUGAAAAGGAGUUACGAGAAGCAAUAAAGAACGUGAACUUCAAUGAAUUGCAAUCUGAAUUUACAAGUCCGGAAACACAAUGGGUUUUUCUUCCACCAGCUGCGCCGCACAUGGGUGGAGCGUGGGAGCGGAUGGUGCGAUCCAUAAAAACAGUGUUAGGAGCAAUAAUAAGCCCGCAAGCAAAAAUUAAUGAUGAAAAGAUGCAUAACCUGUUCUGCGAGGUAGAAUCAAUCAUAAAUAGCAGACCGCUCACUUAUUUGUCGAUUGAAACAGCAAGCGAAGAAGCGUUAACUCCGAAUCAUUUCUUGUUGGGGUCAUCUUCCGGGAACAAGCCGCCGGGGAAGUUCGAUACUAACGACGAGCACGUGAAAUCCUCCUGGAGGCAUUCGCAAUACCUUGCCGAUCGGUUCUGGAAAAAAUGGAUACAAGAGGUGCUUCCAACGAUGACAAGACGGACGAAAUGGUUUGGUAAGAUAAAACCCCUCGAAGCAGGUGAUGUCGUCAUUAUUGUUGACCCAAAUUCUCCUCGCUACACAUGGCCGAAAGGAAUUGUAAUUAGUGCCAUUAAAGCAAGGGACGGGCAGACCAGGAGCGCCAUAGUGCAGACUACUCGAGGGCAAUAUCAUAGACCUGCUGCAAAAUUAGCCGUAUUAGAUGUUCGUGGAGCGGCAGUUUAG